UUUGACAUCGCCUCCACGUGAGAGCAAAACAAUCGCGCCGCGUUUGCCAGAAUUUCACGCUGUAUUUCCUUGGAAAAUACUGUUUUUCCACAAUUUUUCAACAGUGAAUUGUAAAAAGCAGACCCUGGAAGUGGUGGAUAGCGAGUAAAAUAGUGAAUCUCUUGCGAAAAUGAGCUUCAGAGGCAGAGGCGGUGGGAGAGGUUUUGGCGGCGGUCGCGGGGGCUUCGGCCGCGGCGGAAGGGGCGGAGGUGGUGGUGGAAGGAAUUUUGACCAAGGACCACCUGAGCAUGUUGUUCCUUUCGGAGAAUUCCAAUAUUCGUGCGAAAAUGAUCUGGUCUGCAAGGCAUCGAUUGAGAAUGUGCCCUACUUCAACGCCCCCAUCUUCCUGGAGAACAAGGAGCAAGUGGGGAAGGUGGAUGAGAUCUUUGGCAACAUAAGGGACUACCUUAUCACGGUGAAGCUGGGUGACAGCAUGAAUGCGGCGAGCUUCAAGAAGAAACAGACGCUCUACAUUGAUCCCAAUAAACUCCUACCACUGGCUAGAUUCUUGCCGGCUCCUCCUGGACAGAAGCGCGGCGGUGUUGGGAAACCCGGAGGCGGCAGAGGCGGUCGCGGCGGCGGCGGUAGAGGCGGCUUCGGCGGUCGAGGACGGGGCGGAGGAGGCCGCGGCGGUGGUUUUGGCGGCAGAGGAGGUGGCGGUGGAGGCUUUGGGGGCCGAGGGGGAGGCGGACGCGGUGGCUUCGGCGGGCGCGGAGGCGGAGGACGAGGCAAUGCCAAGAGAUGGUAACGGUGAAUGACCUCUAUUUCUUAUCAUUCUUUCAAUACGGACAUCAAAUCUGUUACAAUAAAAUUGAUCUAAAACCCCAUGAAGAA